AGGUCGGACUGUCUCCUCAGCGCCUGAUCCGGAACGCGGCGAGGCCUCCUCGGGGCAGAGCCUCGGGCCGAGCGGCGGGGUCUUGGGCGUUGUUUCUUCACGGCGGCGGCAAGCUCGCGGCCCGGGUGGCCUUCGUCGUCUGACCCCGUCCCCCCUCCCAACAGCGGAGGGCGGGUCCGGCGGCGCGCGGGCAGCCCGGCGCGAGGCCCCGCGGCUCCGGUCGGGGACGUCGCUGCGGGCGGCUGUGCUGCUGGCGUCCAAGAUGUCGACCAAGAAUUUCCGAGUCAGUGACGGGGACUGGAUCUGCCCGGACAAGAAGUGCGGAAAUGUGAACUUCGCUAGGAGAACAAGCUGUAACAGAUGUGGUCGAGAGAAAACAACUGAGGCCAAGAUGAUGAAAGCUGGGGGCACAGAAAUAGGAAAGACACUGGCAGAGAAGAGCCGGGGCUUGUUUAGUGCAAAUGACUGGCAAUGCAAAACUUGCAGUAAUGUGAAUUGGGCCAGAAGAUCGGAGUGUAACAUGUGUAAUACUCCAAAGUAUGCUAAGCUAGAAGAAAGAACAGGAUAUGGAGGUGGUUUUAAUGAAAGAGAAAAUGUUGAAUAUAUAGAAAGAGAAGAAUCCGAUGGGGAGUAUGAUGAGUUUGGACGUAAAAAGAAAAAAUACAGGGGGAAGGCAGUUGGUCCUGCAUCUAUAUUAAAGGAAGUCGAAGAUAAAGAAUCAGAGGGAGAAGAAGAGGAUGAGGAUGAAGAUCUGUCUAAGUAUAAGCUGGAUGAGGAUGAGGAUGAAGAUGAUGCUGAUCUCUCAAAAUAUAAUCUUGAUGCCAGUGAAGAAGAAGACAGUAACAAAAAGAAAGCCAGUAGGCGGAGUCGCUCAAAGUCUCGAUCAUCUCACUCGAGAUCUUCAUCACGCUCAUCCUCCCCCUCAAGUUCAAGGUCCAGGUCCAGGUCCCGUUCAAGAAGCUCUUCCAGCUCGCAGUCAAGGUCUCACUCCGGUUCCAGAGAACAUUCCAGAUCCCGUGGUUCGAAAUCAAGAUCCAGCUCCAGGUCCCACAGGGGCUCUUCCUCCCCAAGAAAAAGAUCUUACUCGAGUUCUUCAUCAUCUCCUGAGAGAGACAGGAAGAGGAGUCGCUCUAGACCUUCUUCACCCGCCGUUCGCAAAAAAAGACGAACGAGAUCACGGUCACCCGAAAGCCAGGUGAUUGGUGAAAACAUUAAACAACCCUGAGCCCAGGGCCAGCCCCUGCGGACCACCACCACUUUGCCCAGGUUGAUACUGACUUACUCAUAUUGGCUGCAUGACUCUAGCACUUAGCUAACUCUACAGUCACCUUAUGUGAUCUAGACUUCCAAAACCUCACUGCUUUGAGUGUACCUUCUCAUACACCAGAAACCUGCUGUGUGCAUAGAGACCUGGUGUGAUUUUAUUAUACGCCUUUCUUGUACAUGUGUAUGAUUGCAGGCUUUUUUCAGGGCUUCCCCUUCGUUCCUGGAAUAAUUGAGAGGUGGCUAUAUUUGAAAUGAGUGUUUAUUCUUAACUUGUAGGGAGUUUGAGUUAAAAUCACAUCGAUUCUGGGCUCACUUCCAAAAGUGUAUAUCAGCCGUCCUAGGUUUAAUUACUCCUGCCAGCAUCGAGAUACCUAGUGUUUGCUCUGCUCUUUUCUGGUGUUUGCUCGGCUCAGUGCUGUUUACAGAUUGUGCUGCUCUCUUGUGUCUUACAGGCACCACAGGUCGUCUUCUGGAUCAACCCAUUCUGGUUCCCGGUCAAGUUCAAAAAAGAAAUAAUGUAUUAAAAUUUACAUCUUUAAAAACAUUGAAUACAGUGCAUGAAGCAUAUUUUUUAGGAAGUUGAUGUCUCAUUUGGUCAGAAGUGCUACUACAUUUGCUAGUAGAGGUGCAUGCCUUUAUUGCUUUUCAAAACAGUACAACUGUGUUUAUUUGUGAAAUUGAAGUAAAUUGCAUUUUAAGCCAUACUGUUCCCCAGACAAAUGCUCUCUAUUCAUUAUUACAACCAUUCGCUUCGUUUAAAGACAGCUGUAACUGAGUCCUUGGUUUCUUUGUCCAUUUCAUUUCUAAAUGUCCUAUUGACUGAGACAGGGUUGUCUGGGCUUGCCUGGACUCCAGACACGUGGGCAAGGCUAAUAAACUUGUUGGAAUAACCAAUUCAUGUUCAUAUGGGAGGAGUGGUCAACCUGGUUAUGUUUACUUGUGCUAGUAAUUUCUUACCAGAAAUUAACGACAUCACAAAGCUGACAACCGGGAACUUUGCGUUCUCUCUACUGAGGGUGCCUUAGAAUCCCUGUCUCAGCAGCUCUGCGCCACUUCUAACGCGAGAGGAUAGGUGUUUUUAAAAUCUAGUUAACAAACAUUGUGCUUGAUUGAUAAAGGUUUAAAAAAGGCCAAAUCAUAGUUAAUGAGCAAAUUGAAGAAAGCUUUUGAAGCCUAUUUCUCAGUGACAGGCUGACAGAGACGCGAAUUUAAAUGAUUUGCCUUGAGAUGUCUGAUUUUUUUUUUCCAACACUGUAGAUAUCUAAGUAACAGAAUCCUUAUUUCUGCAUCAUUUAAGGAAAGUCUUUUUUUUUUCUCACCUGAAAAAACAUAUGGCUUAAAAUGCUUUCAGAGUUUUAUUUCUAAAAUUAAAAUCUAGUCACUUGAGAUCCAUUUUGUUCUCUGGUUUAAAAGUUGAAAGGUUUCUCCUAACAGUCUCUCCCGCAGCAAAACAAGGUAAGUAUACAAGGGACCAGCAGUUGUGUUGGAGCUCCUUGUUAGAGGAACUGUGGUUCCUGUUUCUCCCUUCUUAGUAUUGUCUGCUGCAGUUUAAAUAAGUAAAGCAUUCUAGGAUGUUCAGAGACAGAUCAAACAAAAUGUUUUUAUUUUAAAGUGAGUGUUUUUCACCUCAAUUGAUCUAAAGAUAAAAACAGAAUAUCGUAUGUAGAAAUAUUUUCGUAAUAUUUUUACAAGCUUUCCUGUGUUGUCUUAUUUUCCUUGCUGCAUUUACUGUAGGUUGCACACGAGCUCUUACUCUCUUGUGAUUGUGCCUCAGACUUCUCAAAAGUCGACUUUCUCAGUUGCCCAGAUCUUCUAGAUCCAACGUGUUAGCCUUCGUUUGUUCUUGUGCUUUCUGUAUUUAACACUUGGGCUGUACUAGGCAAAUACAAGAUUAUAAAUUUAGCUAAUAGAAGUUUACAAACAGUUCAGAUGAUUAUGAUUUGAUUUGGUUUAAUUGAGCUGUACUAGUUCAUUUCAUAAGGAAAUGACACUGUAGACAAAUGUAAAUAAAAUCUGUGAGUCAAGCAUCAAGUGUUGGUUAUUAGAAAUAAACUAGAAAAUUUUAA